CAUUCAACGGCAUCACAUUAAGUCAUGUUUAAUUAAGCCUAAAUUUCUGUGUCAAAACAAAUGGCCUAUUUCAAUGUCACAAUGACGCAUCAUCCUAUGUAACCAUGACAAAUCCAAGUUCAAAAACUGUUUUAUAUUAUGCCGGCAACUUAAGCUGAUUUCAUCACACAACUCUCACUCUACAACAUUAGCACGCCACUUCUCUAUCAUCAAUGUCAACCAUAAUCUUUCUUUAAUUUUCUUAUUAGUUCAUUCCUAAUCAUGAAUCAUACCUUUCAUCUACCUCUUCUUAUGACCCUUAUAUAGCAUUAUUCAUCACUCUUUAAAACCAUUGACCUCAAAACAUAUAAUCUCUAGAUGGAGAAACUACAUAAAAUCAAAACCACGUUUUUGAAGUUUAUGUCAAAACAACCCGUGUCAAUAUCAUUAGUAACAUUUCAGAAUCCAACUCUUAGUCCAUGUCGAUCACCUACGACACACGUUGUCUCAUUAUUUCCUAAGGAAGCUAGAAGAAAGCAGAAACGAGGAAUUAGUUUCAGUCCAAAAGAACCAACUUCUCCUAAAGUCUCGUGCAUGGGUCAAGUUAACUGCAAGAAGAAGAAGAUGAAGGAGAAGGAAAAGAAAUUGCAUAAGGAGGUUGUUUCAAACAAAAAGAAUGAUUCUGUUCGGUGCCAUGAAAAGAAGGUUCUGGUUUGGAUUUCUAAGGGAAGUUGCGAGGGAAGGAAACAAGGCGGGGAAGAAGAGAAGACAUCAGCUAUGGUUAGUAGUGUUCCUCCAUCGUUGGAUGCUAUGAAGAAAUUUACUAGUGGGAGAGGAUCUUUGUAUGAUUUUGAUGCAACACUAUCAGAAAGGUGAAUGUAACUACUUUGGUUUAUAAUAAUAUAAGAAUGUAACUUUCUUUUCUAGUGCAUCUAAUCUAUAGCUAAGAUGAUUUAAUAAUUGUUUUAGUCACACCAAAAACAUAAUGUUAUGAGUGUUUUUUUA